AUGGUCUUAAGUGUUUUUACAAUAGUUUUUUUAAUAUUUGUUUUAUUUUUAUUUACGGAUACUAAAAAACCAAAAGGAUAUCCACCAGGACCCAAAUGGUUACCAUUAGUGGGAUGCUAUCCAUUAUUUCGUAAAUUAUUAAAAACAUUGGGAUACCAUCAUUUAGUUUGGGAGCGUUUAGCCCAUUAUUAUGGCGAUUUGGUAGGUUUACGUUUGGGACGUGAUCGAAUUGUAAUUGUAUCCGGUCGUACAGCUAUCAGAGAAGUAUUAACUCGCGAAGAAUUUGAUGGACGACCAGAAGGAUAUUUAUUUCGUUUACGCACUUUUGGAAAACGAUUAGGAAUUGUUUUUACUGAUGGUAUAUUUUGGCAAGAACAACGGCGUUUUUCCUUAAAGCAUCUACGUAAUUUUGGUUUUGGGCGACGUGAUAUGGAAGAACAAAUAAUGUUAGAAGCAAAAGAUUUGGUUGACUCGUUUAGAGAUAAAUGUGGUCAACCAAUUCUUAUGCAUACAGCGUUUGAUAUAUCGGUGCUAAAUGUAUUGUGGGCAAUGUUGGCUGGAGAACGUUUUGCGUUGGAUGAUAAACGAUUAGAAGAGUUACUUCAAAUUGUCCAUGAUAUAUUUCGAAUGUUGGAUAUGUCUGGAGGCCUGUUAAAUCAAAUGCCAUUUCUCCGGUUUUUUAUUCCCGAACAAUGUGGAUAUAAUCAACAUAUGAGAACUUUAAAUCGAAUGUUUGCAUUUUUAGAGGGAACUAUCGAUGAUCACAAGAAAGUAACUUCAAGUUGUGCCCGUGAUUUGAUUGAUGCGUUUUUACAAAAUAUGAAUGAAAAUGAUUCAAAUUCGUCUUUUUCACGAGAACAAUUACUUUCGUUAUGUUUGGAUUUAUUUAUGGCUGGAUCCGAAACCACAAGUAAUACUUUAGGAUUUGCUAUGUUGUAUAUGGUGAAAUAUCCUGAAGUACAAAAACGCGUUCAGAAAGAAAUCGAUAAUGUCAUUGGUCAUGAUCGUUGGCCAUCUUUACAAGAUCGAACAAGAAUGAAUUACGUUGAAGCUGUAAUAAUGGAACUGCAACGAUUAUUGAACAUUGCUCCGGUAGCUGUAGCACAUCGAGCAAUGGCUGACACUCAAUUAUUGGGUCAUGAAAUUCCCAAAAACACAACACUUCUAGUAUGUUUACGAAGCUUACACAUGGAUAAAAUACACUGGGAAAAUCCAGAAGAAUUUAAUCCUGAUCGUUUUUUGGAUACACAUGGUAAUUUAAAACGAUCUCAUGAUGAUUGGUUUGCUCCAUUUGGUUUUGGGCGACGUCGAUGUUUAGGUGAAACUUUAGCACGAUCAAGUUUAUUCUUAUUUUUUACAUCAAUUUUACAUAAUUAUAAUUUAAAUUCAUCACCUGAACAUGAAUUUCCAUUUCCAGAAGGCUAUGAUGGUAUUACAAUAUCACCAAAACCGUUUCAUGUAAUAUUGACACCUCGUCUACUUACUUACAAAUCAUUGUCGUUGUGGAAAAGUGUAUUAUACUCUAAUUAUAAAUAUUGUCAAUCAAAAAACAUUUUCUCGUUCAGUUUUAUACUGAUGGCCGUUCUAUUGUUGAUAUUGUUGAGUGUCUUUAUUAUUUUGUUAAUUAUUCGUUCAAUUAAGAAACCAUAUAAUUAUCCUCCAGGACCAUCAUGGCUACCAAUUGUUGGAUGUCUACCUACAUUCAAGAAAAAACUAAUGAAGCAUGCUGGAGCAAUGUAUUUGGGUUUACAAGAAUUGGCCGAUGAAUACAAUACAAACAUUCUAGGCUUAAAAUUAGGCAAAGAUCAAAUAAUCUGCGUUUUUGGCUACGAGCGUGUCAAAGAAGUAUUAACGAACGAUGAUUUUACUGGUCGGCCAGAUGGCUUUUUUCUUCGUCUUAGAACGUUUGGAAUGCGUAAAGGAAUAACAUUUACUGACGGUCCAGUGUGGCACGAACAACGAAGUUUUGUUACGCGACAUUUACGUAACGUCGGAUUUGGAAAAAAAUCAAUGGAAUUAAAAAUAAUUAACGAAUGUCAAGAUUUAAUACAGUUUAUAAAUGCAAAUGGACCAGAUAUUGAUAUGGAGGAAUUUUUUGCUGCAAGUGUACUAAGUGUAUUGUGGGAUCUAACGGCAGGCAAAAGUUUAGAUCGAAACGAUGAUAAAUUAAAAGAAUUAUUAGUUUUACUUAAAAGAAGGUUACGGGUAUUUGAUGUGAGUGGUGGUUUAUUGGGUCAAAUGCCUUGGUUACGAUUUGUUAUACCAGAAAAAAGUGGAUUUAAUCUCAUUACGAAGUUGAACGUACAAAUGAGAAAUUUUUUAAUGGAAACAAUUUUGGAACAUCAUGCAACGUUUACGGGUGACGAUAGUGAUUUAAUUUAUGCGUUUAUACAAGAAAUGAAAAUCCAACAAAAAGAAGGAAAAAAUGAUUCUAUCUUUACAAAUGACCAAUUAUUAGCAGUAAUUUUGGAUUUAUUUAUUGCUGGAUCGCACACAACCAACUCUAUGAGUGGGUUUUUAUUUUAUAAUUUGUUGUGCUAUCCUGAUAUAAAAGUUAAAAUAUUAAAGGAAAUUGAUGCUAAUAUUCCAAAAUCUAGAAUGCCAGAACUAGCAGAUCGUGUGAAACUUCCAUAUCUUGAAGCAUUCAUAAUGGAAACGAGAAGAAUGCAGCCAGUUGCUGGUAUAGCUGGGCCGAGAAGAGUAUUACAGGAUUACCGAAUGGAUAAAUACAAUUUGGAAAAAGAUGUUACAGUAUUAAUAAGUAUUUGGUCCGUACAUAUGAACAAAGAAUAUUGGAAAGAUCCAGAAGUAUUUCGCCCAGAACGUUUUAUUGGAAAAGAUGGAUUAUUUUAUCCAAAUGAACGUAUAUUAAAUUUUGGUUUAGGUAAAAGACGUUGUCUUGGAGAAGCACUUGGAAAAGAUUGUAUAUUUUUAUUUUUCGCUGGUAUUUUACAAAAGUUUGAUGUUUUACCAGUUUCGAACAUUCCAUUACCAUUAAAGAGGGCAUACGCUGGUAUAACAAUGACUCCAGACCCAUUUAGUAUUCGUUUUGUAAACAGAUAAAAUAUUUUAUUCUUGUAAUAAAAAAAUGUAAAUUAAA